GGUCACCAGGACAACGGCGGAGUACAGCGGCGCACAGGGCCAUGGCCGACAAGGACAGCCCCACACUGGCUUUGAUCAAUUAUUACUGCCAAGAAAAAUACUUCAAUCAUAUCCAGAUCGCUGCAAACGAAGGCCUCAAGAAAUACGGAAAUGAUCCUGUCUUCUUAUUUUUCCGGGCUUUCGGAAUCCUUAUGGAAGAUCGAGUCCAGGAAGCCAUCCGUGAGCUUGAGUUUGUCAAGGACAAACAGGACGUGUCGCUCUGCUGCAUAAUGGCUCUAAUUUACGCUCAUAAAAAAUGUGCCAUUCCAGAUCGUGAUGCCAUUCAAGAACUUGAUGGCAAACUAAAAGAGGAUCGUAAGACGGCAGGACAGAUGGCGUUAUAUUUUGCAGGAGUUUUCCUGUGGCAUAUUGGACGCCAUGACAAAGCUCGUGAAUACAUCGACAGAAUGAUUAAAGUUUCUAAUGGAGCGAGAGAGGGGCUGAUCUUGAAAGGCUGGAUUGAUUUAACCAGCGGGAGAGAUGCCUAUGCUAAAAAGGCUGUCAAAUAUUUUGAUGAAGGAAUGCAUGAUGGAAAAGAUCCAUUUGCUAUGAUGGGAAAGGCACAGUACUUUGAGAUGCGCCAGAACUACUCAGGAGCCUUGGAAAUGGUGAACCAGAUAAUCGUUAACUUUCCCGGUUUCCUGCCUGCUUUAAUAAAGAAGAUAAAGCUCCAGCUUGCCUUACAGGACUGGGAACAGACAAUCGAGACAGCACACAGACUCUUACAGAAGGACAGUCAGAGUAUUGAAGCACACAGGAUGUUGGCUCUCCAUUCAUUAUGCAGAGAAGGAAAUGUUAAAGAGGCUGCCAAUAGACUUGGCGAUCUGAUUGGUAUCAUGGACCGGUUUGAACCUCACAAUCCUGAGCUUUUCUCCAAAUUGGCAUUGGUAUUUAGUAGGACGUGUGGACGGAACCAGAUGAUCCUACAGCAGACCUACACUUUGGUCGAGAGGGCAUUUCGCUUGGCGUCGCACGAUUCGGAGCUCGCAAAUGAACUUGGCUACCAGAUGGUUCUACAGGGGAAAAUAAAAGAUGCUGUAAAGUGGUACAAGACUGCAAUGUCUUUGGAUGAAACAAGUGUCCCCGCGUUAACUGGUAUUAUCAAAUGUCAGCUGAUUGAAGGACAGUUAGAAGAUGCAGAGCAACAAUUAGAAUUCCUGAAAGAAAUUCAGCAAUCUAUAGGAAAGUCUGGGGAGCUGUCUUACCUGCGUGCAGUUUUGGCAGUAAAGAAGCAGAAAGGACAGGAUGAAGUCAUUAAUUUGUUGAAUGACGCCGUGGACACUCACUUCUCCUUACUGCAAGGCCUGCCUCUGGGUGUUCAGUACUUUGAACAAUUGAACCCUGACUUUUUACUAAAAGUUAUACGAGAAUACCUUGUCUUUUGUCCCACACAGCCUACAGCACCUGGCCAGCCUCCCUCUCCGUUGCUCAAGCAUUGUGCUUCAUUACUGGAGACUGUAGUAAAGACAGUGCCGGGGCUGCUUGAGGCUGCCUUUUUAAUGGCCAGAGUCAAAUACUUGGCAGGUGAAAUCGAUGGUGCUGAAAGUAGCCUCCAGCACUGCUUGGAACAAAGUCCUUCGUACGCAGACGCUCAUCUGUUGAUGGCUCAAGUCAACCUUUCUCAAGGCAAUUAUAAACUCUGCUCACAGUCCCUGGAGUUGUGUUUGAGCUACAAUUUUGAGGUUCGUGAAUAUCCCCUGUAUCAUUUAAUUAAAGCACAAACUCAGAAGAAGAUGGGUGAAGUGCAGGAAGCCAUUAAAACCCUGCAAGUGGCUACCACGUUACCUGCAAUGAGGAAGUCUGGCAGUGCUUCAAAAUUGAAAGGCAAAAAAAUUGAAUUUAGCACCACCGAUCGUGUUUCUGUGUUCUUGGAACUGGCAGAUGCUCACCGUCUAAACGGAGAACAGCAUGAAGCUGCCAAAGUGAUGCAAGACGCCAUCAAUGAAUUUUCAGGCACUGCUGAGGAAUUGCGUGUCACAAUCGCCAAUGCAGACCUCGCUGUCUUAAGAGGCGAUGUUGAACUGGCACUCAGUAUGCUUCGAAACGUCACACCCGAGCAGCCUUAUUAUAUUCAGGCAAAAGAAAAAAUGGCUGCUGUAUACCUAAAUCACAGGAAGGAUAAGCAGUUGUAUGCAAGCUGCUACAGGGACUUGGUUGAUAAACUGCCAGGAUGCCAUACUUAUCUCCUCUUGGGUGAUGCCUACAUAAAUAUUCAAGAGCCAGAAAAAGCGAUUGAAGUAUAUGAACAAGCUUUAAAGAAAAAUCCAAGAGAUGGAGCUUUGGCUAGCAAGAUUGGAAAAGCUCUUAUUAAAACACAUAAUUAUGCCAAGGCUAUUAGUUAUUACGAAACAGCAGUGAAAUCUGGUCAGCAAAACUUCCUUCGUUUUGACCUAGCUGAACUCCUUCAAAAACUGCGACAAUUCGAGAAAGCAGAAAAUGUUCUACUCCAGGCACUGGAACAUGAUCCUGUAAGUGAUCUCCAAGCUUUAAUAGAAGAUGGACGAUAUUUAAUACUUCUGGCAAAAAUCUACAGUAAGAUUGAAAACACUGAUGGCGCCAUACUUUCACUGCAGCGGGCGCGGGAGGUUCAGGCACGAGUACUAAAGCGUGUUCAGUUAGACCAGCCAGAUACAGUCCCCACCCAGAAGAAGCUUGCUGCGGAUAUUUGCGCUGAGAUUGCAAAGCAUUCGACAAACCAGCGGGAUUACGAAAAAGCCAUUAAGUUCUACAAAGAGGCGCUUGUGUAUUGCGAGAAUGAUCACAAGGUGAUGUUGGAGCUUGCUCAGUUGUACCUUGCCCAGGAUGAUAUUGAUGCCUGCCAACACCAAUGUGCUGUUCUCCUGAAGAGUGACCAAGAUAAUGAUGCAGCCACCAUGAUGAUGGCAGAUCUGAUGUUCAGAAAACAGGAUUAUGACCGGGCUGUAUUUCAUUUCCAACAACUUUUGGAGCGCAAACCGGAUAAUUAUAUGACUUUAGCCCGUUUGAUUGACCUGUUGAGGAGAGCUGGGAAACUGGAAGAUGUUCCUCGAUUCCUUGAGAUGGCUGAGAAACACACUGCCCGAGCAAUAUCAGAGCCUGGAUUUAAUUAUUGCAAAGGACUAUACCUCUGGUACACUGGGGAACCAAAUGAUGCUCUCCGACACUUCAAUAAGGCACGGAAAGACAGUGACUGGGGACAGAAUGCAGUUUAUAACAUGAUCGAGAUCUGUGUAAAUCCAGACAAUGAGACUAUAGGAGGUGAAGUCUUUGAGAACCUGGAUGGGGAUGUCAGAAACUCAACAGAAAAGCAAGAGUCAGAACAGCUGGCUGUGAGAACAGCAGAGAAACUGUUGAAAGAACUUAAACCUCAGACAAUUCAGGGUCACGUACAACUACGUAUAAUGGAAAGCUACUGCCUUAUGGCCACAAAGCAAAAAACAAACGUGGAACGUGCUCUCAAUAUCUUCACUGAGAUCGGAACUGCUGAGAAAGACCACAUUCCUGCCCUCUUUGGCAUGGCGACUGCUUAUAUGAUUUCGAAACAGACGCCACGUGCACGAAAUCAACUGAAGCGAAUUGCCAAAUUAAACUGGAAUGCAAUCGAUGCAGAGGAAUUUGAGAAGAGUUGGUUACUUCUGGCUGAUAUUUACAUUCAAUCUGGAAAAUUUGAUAUGGCAGGCGAUCUUCUGAAACGCUGUCUACGACACAAUAAGUCUUGCUGCAAGGCCUAUGAAUAUAUGGGAUAUAUUAUGGAAAAAGAACAAUCGUACAAAGAUGCAGCUGUUAAUUAUGAGAUGGCUUGGAAAUAUGGUAACCACACCAAUCCGACAAUAGGAUACAAGCUAGCCUUCAACUAUUUGAAGGCAAAGCGAUAUGUUGAUGCAAUAGACAUCUGCCAUAAGGUAUUGGGAGCGCAUCCCAAUUAUCCCAAAAUGAGGAAAGAUAUUCUUGACAAAGCACGUGCAGCCUUGCGUUCCUAACAGUUCUAUUUAAGGCAUCAUGAGUUUCUGCAGAUGGACAUUGGUGAAGAUUUUGUACAUGUUGUCAUUUUGAUUCUGUAUUAUGUAAUAUAAAUUGUUCCAAGUAUUUAUCAUUGUGGGAAAGUCUUUUUUUUACACUUUAUAAUUGUUCAUUUAAAUGGAAACUGAUACAGUGAUGGUUUACUGUAUAAAUAGUUACUGUAUAAAUAAAUACUGUUUUAUAAACUUUUUCAAAAUUAUUAGUAUUGUCCAUACAAAAUGUGAGCUAAAAUCUUGCAGCCCUUUCUGGCAGAGCAUCUCCAGUGGUACAUAGAAAAGAAAAGGUCAUUGAUGUUAUAGAUAGUGGUUCAUUAUAGAUGGCAUUCUAUAAUGGAUAUCUGGGUGCACAUGAUUCAACUGUAUUUUGAAUGUUUUGUGGAUAUUUCAGAUCAACUUCAGGUAUCUAACGCUCUUGGGAGUUUUCUUGUUCAGGAUUCAGUUUAUUCAAUACCAGUAGAACUGAAAAAUAGACUAAAGUGAGUCACUAAGUUUGUAAAGGAAUCACAGCUUCCAAGAUUAACCAAGCUGAGUUGAAUCAUUUAUAAAUUUGUAAUUCUCGCUAAAGCUCUCCAAUAAAGUGGUCUAAGACUA